CAUGACCCGGAAGCUGUGCUCUUUAAUUCCUGUGCUAGAUUGCUGGCAGCUGCUCAGAAGCUGCACCAACUCGCCCGCCGUCUUCCUCCAGGCGCACCCCCUGCAGAGAGACCAUGGCCGGGAACGACCAAGCCUUCGUGACGCUGGCCACCACCGACAACUACGCCAGAGGCGCCAUGGUUCUUGGGCAGUCUCUGCGGGAACGCCACACCUCCAAGAAGCUGGUGGUCCUCAUCGGGCCGCACGUGGCAGAACCUUGCAGAGAAGUGCUGCGCGCCAUCUUUGACGAGGUGCUCCUGGUGGACGUGAUGGACUCGGGCGACGCGGCCCACCUGGCGCUGAUGAAGAGACCCGACUUGGGCGUGACGCUGACCAAGCUGCACUGCUGGACGCUGACGCAGUACAGCAAGUGUGUGUUCAUGGACGCAGACACCCUGGCGAUGACCAACGUGGACGAGCUCUUCGAGCGAGAAGAACUUUCCGCGGCGCCUGAUCCCGGCUGGCCCGACUGCUUCAACUCGGGCGUGUUUGUUCUGCGGCCGUCGCAAGAGACGCACGAAAAGCUGCUGGCCUUCUGCCACGACCACGGCAGCUUUGACGGUGGAGAUCAGGGGGUCCUCAACUCGUUCUUCAACACCUGGUCCACAGCUGACAUUUCUAAGCACCUCCCCUUCCUCUACAACCUCAGCAGUAUCGCCAUCUACUCCUACCUGCCUGCUUUUAAACACUACGGCGCUGACGCCAAGGUGGUCCACUUCCUGGGCGGGACCAAGCCCUGGAACUACACGUAUGACGGCCAGAGCGGCGAAGUCCUGGGCCGUGCAGAGGCGUCGGACUCGGGCCGCCUUCAACCGGACUUCCUGCGGGCGUGGUGGCGGCUGUACGCCGCGGCGGUGAUGCCGUUACUGCAGCGAGCCUACGGGGACACGCCCUUCCGCAGCGGCGUGGUGGAGGCCGGAGAGGAAGAUAAACUGCACCCGGACCAGGGGGAGGAGCCAGCUGUCGCCUCCUCUGCGGACGCCGCCGCCUCCCUCGCGCCCGCCUGCCGUCACAUGUCCUCCGAGGAGAGGAAGCAGCGCUGGGAAGCGGGUGAGAUCGACUACAUGGGCGACGACUCCUUUGCCAACAUCGAGCGCAAGCUGGACGCCUUCCUCAAGUAGCGGCUUGAUGGACAGAGGCCCCGCCCCCCACCACCACACCCCCCCCAGCUAAUCAAUGAAGAUUAAUUAGAGGAUCGGCCUCACUAACUGCACCGUGUGCCUAAAAAUUAACACUUAGCAUUAGCAUGGUCAGGAAAAUGCUAAACAACUCACAAGGGAGGGGGGGGGGGGGGGGGGGGGGGUCAUGUUUGUGACCCUGCAUAGCAAGCUGCUUUUUGGCUGGUUGCCUAGCAACUGCUGGGGGUGGGGUAAAAAGUUGAUGACGGUAAGAGUUUUAGAAAGUGAAAUGUUUUUUUUUUGGGCUUCCUAGAACGUCAAAGUAGCACAACUAUUUCCUCUUCCCGCUUUAAUGUGUCAAAGCAGACAUUUUCCUGCACUUUCUGAGCGUCCACAGUGAACCCUCGCCUCGCCUCGCACGUACGUCCCCUCGUCACCUUUGGUGUGGUCACCGGCUGCCUAACUUAAGUUUUCACACCACACCUCGCGUCUUGUAAACGUGCUCACUCGCCCCCCAGGAAAUGUAGGAGUGGAACACUGGAUUGCAAAUAAAAAGGACUAAAAUAUCA